UCGGAUCCACGGAGGUCGAUGACGUAGCGGGAGCAGGUUCGUCUGAUCCCCGUGUUUCUAAACCGUGUAGUCACUCCAGAGCUAAAGGCUAAAGCAGCGGUUUAAACUGGUUUUCUGGGAAAGAAACGCCAACAAAACAACGAUUUCAACAUGUCCAUCAUGUCGUACAACGGCGGGGCCGUCAUGGCCAUGCGGGGGAAGAACUGCGUUGCCAUAGCGGCGGACCGGCGGUUUGGGAUCCAGGCCCAGAUGGUGACGACCGACUUCCAGAAGAUUUUCCCCAUGGGGGACCGGCUGCACAUCGGGCUGGCGGGGCUGGCUACUGACGUGCAGACAGUGGCCCAGAGACUGAAGUUCCGUCUGAACUUGUACGAGCUGAAGGAAGGACGACAAAUCAAACCCAAGACCUUCAUGAGCAUGGUGUCCAACCUGCUGUAUGAGAGGAGGUUCGGUCCCUACUACAUCGAGCCGGUCAUCGCGGGUCUGGACCCGAAGACCAGCGAGCCGUUCAUCUGCUCCCUGGACCUGAUCGGGUGUCCCAUGGUGACGGAGGACUUCGUGGUGAGCGGGACCUGCUCCGAGCAGAUGUACGGCAUGUGUGAGUCGCUGUGGGAGCCCGACAUGGAACCAGACGACCUGUUUGAGACGAUCUCUCAGGCGAUGCUGAACGCUGUGGACAGAGACGCCGUGUCGGGGAUGGGGGUGGUGGUUCACGUCAUAGAGAAAGACAAGAUCACGACCAGAACCCUGAAGGCCCGGAUGGAUUAGAACCUUCAGAACCUCCCGGUUACCCCCCAGAACCUCCCGUUUACCCCC